ACAUAUACUGUACAUUUCUGUCAAAAAUUACUAUAUCUAGACAAUUCUUGAUUGUGAGAUGGAGGGUCCCCAAUGGCUUUUUGGGCUCAGUGGCUAAUUUGCCUCUCUAUGAAUGACAUGAUUUUUCCUUCAAAAUAAAAAAUGUAAUGGUAUCCUACAAAUUUAUUUAUAUAAAUGAAUGAAAAUAUUUUUAAAAAAUAAUUAAUUAAAGAUGAAAACUUAGACCACUAGUAUUUUGAAGAUUUGGAUGAAUAUAUAGUAAUUUACGAAUUUUCAGCUGCUCUAAAUAACUGGGAAGUGGGAACCAACCAACCAUUCUAACAAAAGAAAAACAUCGAAAAUUAUUCUAAACCAAGCAAAAAAGUUCAUAUUUUAUAUUUACAAAACAAAUUCAAAGAAAAAGCACAUAUAUAUUUCGAAAGCUGUUAUUUUUCUGUUUCUUUCUUUUAUUUGACGUCAGUUUGAUCAAAAAGGAAAAAAAGGAAUGUUCAUAUCAGGAGACAAUUAAUAGUCAUCUUAUUUAGUAUUGGCUUACAAUAUCACAACAGCAUCACAAAGAUUAACCAUUCUAAGUGAUCUUAAACCCACAACAAGUACCCAGCAAAGAUUUUCAAUAUCCUAUCACAUGGUCACAUAGCGGGUGAUUUUACUAGUUGUGUGGCCAAAUUACCCACACACAAGAGGUAACUGGGUCACCAAAUUAUUCAUCUGGAACCAAUCAAAGGUUGGGAUGGGUCCUACAAUAUUUUAAACCGAUUAGAAUAAAAGUAUUUGACCAAUACGAGUCAAAUAUAUGGUAGUUAAAUAUAGACCUGAGACUUAUAUUAACUAACUAACCUCUCCAAAAAGACUUAACCGCCAAAAAGCGUUGCAUUUUGACGGCCCAACGUUAAUUUCGCUUUGGCUCUUUUCCUCUUUCAAAUAUUUUUCUUUGAUGGUUUCGGUUUACUUUGAGUAAUUUCGUCGAAGAGCUGGUGGGCGACGGCGGCGGAUAACAAUGGCCACCCCUGUCGGAAACACGAUUAUCGGGAUCAGGGGAGCCCCUAUUACGUGUGUGAAGGAAGAUAUGAAUCGCAAUUAUCGAGGUAUUUGGUACGGAGAUAGCCCUUUUAACUUCGUAUUUCCUACGGUUCUGGCCAAAGUCAUCGUCAUUACUCUUAUUUCCCGCGGACUGUUCGUGCUUCUCAGGCCUCUCAAGCAACCGAAAUUUGUCUGCUAUGUUCUGGGAGGCAUUAUCUUAGGACCAUCAUUUAUAGGAGGCAUCCCAAUAGUAAAAGCUACAUUAUACCAACCAAGAGAGACUGAACUGUUUCGCACACUGGCCAUAAUCGGUGGACUAUAUGCAGUUUUCCUUGUGGGAGUAAAGAUGGACUCAUCUCUUAUAGCAAGGUCUGCAAAGAACAGUUGGAGGAUUGGGAUAUGCGGUUUCUUAUUGGCUUUAACAGUCACUUCAACUCUCAUCUUCACACAACUUGAUCAUCUUCCAGGAAUCAUUAUGAGAGGACCCUUUGUUUUCUACGUGCCCUUGUCUCUAUCCUACACUUUUUUCCCAGUCGUAGCUGAGGCAUUAGAAGAACUCAACCUAAUGAAUACGGAGUUGGGUCAGCUCGCCAUGUCUUCUGCAAUGCUCAAUGAUUUCAUUUUCUGGUUCUUCUUAGGACUCUCUGUUGCUUUUAAGCAAGAUACAAUUAGCCAUUCGAUCCGGGCUAUGUUUUCUUUCAUUGUACUAGCGAUUUUCACGUUCACUGUUGUACGCGGACGUGUAAAGUUAAUUAUCAGGAAAACGCCGAUUGGUAAACCAAUAAAUGAUGUUUAUAUCGUUUGUAUAUUAGUUGGUGUUUUAUUUAUGGCACUUGCCUCGGACUUUAUUGGUUCGACUUCUCUUCUUGGUCCUUUACUACUUGGGUUAGUCAUACCUGCAGGACCCCCACUUGGGUCAGCACUAGUACAAAAAACAGAGUGUUUUGUGUCAGAGUUUCUACUGCCUUUAUUGUUUGUGCAAGUGGGUUACAGCACAGAUUUGAAAAUAAUUCGGAACUGGGAAAUGUUUGCAAAAUUUCAGAUCAUCAUUGUUCUGGGGUAUUUAUCCAAAUUUGUUGGAACUUUGCUGUUUUCUCUCUCCUGCAAGAUCAAGUUCAAAAGUGCUAUCUUGCUUUCUCUCAUUAUGAAUAUCAAGGGUCUCCUUGAGCUCAUCAAUCUUCAUCGAUGGAUUUUCAGUACGUACAUAGAUGAACAAACAUACACUCAACUAGUUUUGUCCACACUUGGGGUGACCAUGAUCGUGACACCUUUGAUAGAUAUCUUGAGCAGGAGCCGAACACGACUUGACUUGUCUUGCCGCAACAGAGGCCUAAGAACCCUUUGCUCUAUGCCUAAAAACACCGAGUUUCGAAUCCUUUGCUGUGUCCACGACGAAGAAAGUGUCCACAGCUUGAUUACCCUCCUAGAGGCAUCCAAUCCUAUAGAAUCAAGCUCGAUAUGCACCUACUUAGUCCAAACUUCGGAGCUGAUUGGUCUAGCCGCGCCUCUUCUAGUGCCCUACGACAAAAAGAGGAGGAAACUCAAGCUGGCGUUCUCGGCCAGCACUGACCAAAUCAUCCGUGCCUUUGAAAACUAUGCUAAAAACUCAAGAGGCCCUGUUAUGAUCCUGCCUUUCAUCAUGGUUGCUUCGUACAAGACAAUGCACGAGAGUGUUUGUCGUCUAGCUCAAGAGAAGUUCAUCCCUCUAAUCAUCCUCCCCUUCCAACUCAACAACCGCUACAGCGGAAUCAAUGCACAUUUACGCCAGUUCAACGCCAACGUCCAAGCCUACGCUCCAUGCACAGUGGGGAUCCUCGUGGACAAGGGAUUCUCGUGCGGUAUGAGCUUGAUCCACUUCUCCUACCACGUCAUUGUGAUCUUUCUCGGUGGACCUGAUGACCGCGAGGCCUUGGCCUACGCCACUAGAAUGUCAGACAAUCGAAUGACAGUCACAGUCACGGUCCUCAGAAUCAUUCUGCUAAGAAAUGUGGAAGAAGAGGAAUCCCAAGAAGCAACAGAGAAAAGUAGUGAUGAGGCUGCAUUAGACGAGUUGGUGGUGGAAGAGUUCAAGAUCAAGAAUAUUGGUAGUCUGUCCUCGCUUUGGAAGGAGGUCACAGUGGACGACGUGGUGGAGGUUAUGAAUACCAUCAGAUCAGUUGAAGGGCACUACGACCUGGUGAUGGUGGGGAGACGGAGGAGCUGGUCGGCCAUGAUGAUGGGAGAUGAUGAAAUGAUGGAUUUUGUGGAGAAUGAGGAGCUUGGGUUGAUAGGUGACAUGUUAGCAUCGUCUGAUUUUUGUGGAGGAAAGGUGUCUGUUUUGGUUAUGCAACAUUAUAGGGAAGGUGUAACAACAACUCGUUCAGGCUCUAACAAGUCGCUUAUUGAAAAAGUCCAAUUGCUCACACGUCAUGCCUCACGUUAAUUAUGACAAGAUUUUGUUGUGUUGUUGUUGUUGUUGUUGUUACUAGCUUAGUUUGUUUGGUUUAAGUUACUUAGAUAGAUCAAUGUCACGAACCUAGAUUUAUAUAAAUGGGGUUUUUUAGUUUGACUUUGUUACACGAUGUAAAGUCUAUUCUUGCCCAUCAAAACACGAAAUGUUCUGUAUAUUAUAGAGAUUCUCAGAAUUACUUGUAGUUACCAAUUUGAUAAUUUAGACUAAUUGAAUCAAAUGUUUUAGUUAGUGGUUAAACAAUUUAUGUACUUUUACAACAAUGCUAAAAGGCAAAUUUAUGCCAUGUUUAACACUACACAAUAAUAAAGAUUAUUAUUAAAA